GGGGGAGGGGGCGGCUCCCCGGAAGCGCGCGCGCGGCGGCGCGAGGGGGUCGCUUCCGGCGGCGGCGGCCCCGCGGCGGCAGCAUGGCGGCCGUGCCGCCCGACUCCUGGCAGCCGCCCACCGUCACCAUGGAGACCACGAUGGGGACCCUGGUGCUGGAGCUGUACUGGCGCCACGCGCCGCGCACCUGCAAGAACUUCGCCGAGCUGUGCCGCCGCGGGUACUACAACGGCACCCGCUUCCACCGCGUCAUCAGGGACUUCAUGGUGCAGGGCGGCGACCCCACCGGCACCGGCCGCGGCGGGGCCUCCAUCUACGGCAAGCAGUUUGAGGACGAGCUGCACCCCGAGCUGAAAUUCACCGGCGCCGGCGUCCUGGCCAUGGCCAACGCGGGGCCGGACACCAACGGCAGCCAGUUCUUCCUGACGCUGGCGCCCGCGCAGUGGCUGGACGGGAAGCACACCAUCUUCGGCCGCGUCUGCCAGGGCAUCGGCGUCCUCAACCGCGUGGGCAUGGUGGAGACGAGCGCCCAGGACCGGCCCCUGGACGACGUCAAGGUGCUGCGCGCCGUGCCCGCGGGCUGACGCGGGCAAUAAAGGCGUGGAACGGC